AUGACGAUUCUUCAUCAUCAUCCCGACCUGAGGAAUGUGGGAACAUCUCUUACUCGAUCGCUUGUCAAUCAGAAGCCCCAGUCCUGUUCCUUUGAGCAGAGGCCUAUUUCUGGAGGUCAAAGUAAUCGUCACCGUGCACUUACAAAAGAGCCUCUUUGUCCUCGAAAGUGGUUCAUUGAGCUGCUUAUUUUCCCACCAUUUCCCGACUCGAUUUCCAACAAAGAAGAACGCACGUUUCACUACAAGACAUCGGAACACUCCUGUUGCCAGCCCAGAUACACAAACUUUCUCACCCCUCAAGAACUCUCUCAGAACGAGAGAUCCUAUUUCGAAGAAACAUACAACAAUAUGCCGGAAGUUAAGAAGACAAACCGGCCUCACCUGGAUGUCAAGAAAGAUGACCCAGCAAAAGCUGAAGAACUAGUGUGGCCCUUUGCAGAAACGCCGAAAGUUCCCAGAGGGAAAUGGAAACCGUACAAAUAUUUCGGCCCAGAGAGAACUUUCAGAGAGCCUAGAAGUUUCAGAGGCGGAGGAGCGCCGCUUCACGUCGUCGGAAAAGAGUUAGGACUGCCAGGGCUGGGCCAGGAUAGUCGGCAAGAUACAGCUACACCAAAGCGAACCGAGAGGUUAACGCCGUCACCCGUGUGCAUGCCUAUGAUUUAUCUUGGAGAUGCCUCGCCUGCUCCGCGGUGGCUGAUCAGACCUGCUGACCCGGAGAACAAGCACGACUCGUCCCGCGAGUCUUCUGUCUCAAGCGGCUCUCGGCUUCCGCCUCUGGGAAAGCUGCGCUGGGAGUUCGAUCCUGGUAUGCGCUCCGAGCACGGGCUUGAUGAGGAUUGGUUACGCGACUAUGCGUACCGGUAUCUUCUGAACUCACUUUGUGAUCCGAUUGUUCGGGAUGAAAUGAGGGACUUGAUCUGGAAUGGACCGCAUGCGCCGGCUGUUGCACACGUUGAGGACCCGUUACCGGUUCCUCCUCCUCCACCGCACUUCAACGACAAGAAGCCCUUAGACUAUGUGUCUCUUCGCCGGCCGAUAUCUGCUUCAGCGCCUGAUGAUUACUAUUUUACGUAUCCCGGAUAUGAGCGCCCGCGGCUCGCAGCCAGAGUACGAACAAAAGCCGAUGUCAAGACAAACGCAGAGGGUGCAUAUAGCAACGCCGAUCCAUUUUCCACUGAUGGUGACGAUUCAAGUGAUUGGGAACCUGCCAGCAACCAAACCCGCUCUCACACCGAUUCUGAGCUCGCUUCCAAUUUCUAUGCCUCUACCCGCAAGUCAAGCGCCAGCACCAUCGCCAUUUCCAGCACGCGUACUCGCACCGACACCGGCCGCAGCUGGUACUCUGGCGUCAGUGCUAGUACACGUACCCGCACGAGCACUGGCACUAGUUCGCGCUCCAGCAUCAGCGCCAGCUCCAAGGAAUUUUUCAAGCACGCGGACAGCGAAGCAUCAGACUCAACGGGGUAUAACCCCUCAAGCGACGACGACGACCAACAUAUCAGUUCAGACUCAUCGAAAGCGCCCAGCAUCGUGACUUCCUCAGAGGAUGAACUGACCAUUACGAAGCCGCCAAAGCGAGACAGCAGACGUCCGAAUAAGACUAUUGAAAGGGCGUACGUGUAUGUCCCAACGUUAGAGGAACUCUCCAGUGAAGCUCUCCCUCCGCGGAAGCAACGAAGAGACACUCGAACCCAAACCCAUGACAGGCUUACUUCUGACGCCUUUUCUGGUGAAGAGGAUAUACCACUGCCUAAACUUCCUAAAGUGGUGGGGAAGACACCGAAGAAGAAGAAGAAGAAGAAGAAGAAGAAGAAGAAGAAGAAGACGGCAGCAAAACGUCGGUGA